AUGGCGCUUAAUCCUUACAUGCAUAAUCGAAACCCAUACAAAAACAAAAAGCCAUCGUUCAAAAGCUUAGUUGAGAAAUACCCUUUCUUUGCUGAUGUGGUCGUGAAGGAUGACAAUGGCAAAAUAUGUCCCGAAUUCAAACAACCCAAAUUUCUUGCCGCACUUGCUCGUGCUUUACUUUUGGAGGAUUUCGAUUUAGACGUAGAGGUUCCGGUCGAUCGCCUCAUCCCAACGAUUCCACUGCGUCUAAAUUACAUUUUGUGGAUCGAAGAUAUCUUAUCAGUAAUGCAGGCCAGGAAUUCCCCGCCGGUUAUAUUGGACAUUGGCGUUGGCUCGUGUUGUAUAUAUCCUGUCAUCGGAGCAAAAAAGAACGGGUGGAAUUUUAUCGGCUCUGAAACUGAUAUGAGAAAUUACAAUCACUCACUGGAGACCGUUCAGAAAAAUGGAUUGAGCGGCAAAAUCAAUCUUGUUCGCGUUAACGAUGAUGUAUCGAGUCCAUUAAAGCAAGUUUUCGAGGAAUAUUCCGCUACCUUGGGUAUCGAUGUGUCUCAAAUUAAAGUGGAUGUUGUCAUGGCCAACCCACCAUUCUUCGAAGACGUCGCAGACUCCAUUGGUGCAGAGUCCACACGCUCACUUUCGCGAGUGCCACCCAAAUCGGCAUCAUCGGCUGCGCGACAGGAAAGUCAAACUGUUGGUGGUGAGGUUGGCUUUGCGAAACGUCUGGCGGAGGACAGUCUGGUAUACAAGGACAAUGUCGGUAUCUUCACGUUGAUGCUUGGUAAAAAGCGCAGCGUGCCGGCUGUUCGACUCAUCAUGAAGGAGAUGAACAUAACAAAGACCUCUGUUUACGAGAUGUGCCAAGGGCGGGUGAUGCGGUGGGGAUUUGCAUGGACCUUUAUCUCAGACUUUGUUUUUCCGGUUUCUGAUUUUAGACAAAAACGUAAAUAUAAUCGGCAACCACUUGCAUACAUUCUCCCGCCCAGUGUAUCCUGUCUGCCCAAGUACACGAGGAAGUGUCUUCUGGAAUGGCUAUCAUCGGAAUUAAAGAAGCUGAAGAUGCGUGUUUUGAUGCAAAAGAACAAACGAAUUCUGGGUGGUUAUCACCUCUAUGCAGAAGCUCGCGAGGACACGUGGACUCAUGCACGUCGCAGGCGACGCGAGGCUAUGAUGUACCUGAGACAGCAACAGCAGCAGCAACAGGCAAUGGAUGAGGUGUCACAAAGUGGCGAGAGAAAGCGUAGUUUUCCGGAGGAGCUAGACAGCGCUGAAAUUUUGAAGCGGCGACGGCUGAAUGAGAUUUGCGACGAGGGAACGGCCUGGAUAGAGGAGCUAUCGCACGAUCUCUCAAACUCUGAUUUCAACGAAUCUGAGCUGAUUCUCAAGGCCAAUUUCUAUGUGGAGUCCCAGAUGAAAGGCUACGGUGGUGGUAGUGACGACGACGACGAAUGCGCUGAAGGUGAUGAUAGUGGUGGUGAUAAUGUUGAGGAGACUAUGGAGCCGAUUAAUGAUGAAAAAGACGACAAGACCGUGGAUCGACUCAUCAUAAGUGUAGAGUGGCUCGGUGGAACGGAUCGGGAAAUGGCCAAUCGGACCAUUGCACGUAAUCGCUUUGGCAUAAUUGAUUCUAGUGCCAAGGGUGAUGUUCCAGUCAUCUAUAUGGAUCAUCUAUGCCUCGGGGUAGCUGUCACAGGCGGAGAGGCGAAAGCUGGUGGCACAGGUGAUGUGGGCAAGGGUUCGCAACACCGAUACCAAAAAUUAGUCCCGAGGAAGUAUACAUUGGGUUUUGGCGUGUAA